AUGACUGUUCCUUCCAACGAGAAAACCAUAGCCAUGGUCAAUGGUGAAGAUAAUACUGAGCAAGGAAAAGACAAGGGAAAGAGGGAAAGAAGCGAGGAAGAGAAUCUUGAAACAUCCAAGAGAACGAAGAAGGAUGAAACUCCUGAGAAACCCCUAGAAAAGAAGGAAACCUCCAAUGUAGUUUUUUGUGGGUCAAGUAUUGAUGAGCGUAGAAGCGCUGUGAAGUACAUGAAAUGUUGGACGAAUCAUGCUCUCCACCUGCACAUAAGUACUCAUGUCUUAGAUGGAUGUGGAGAGUUUGUGCCCGAUCCGGAUGAUGAAAUGUAUUGCGAUGCCUGUGAUUGUCACCGUAGUUUCCACGAAAAAGUAGAGUCACUUUAA